CUCAAUCUGAAUUCUGAACCCCAUCACUUUCACUUUUUGCAAUUUGUGCUAUGGCCCUUGGCCUAAAACUUGCCAGGCAAACUCCAUAAAGAAAGCUCUCCGAUUUUCAUUAGCACAUCUGGCUUCAUUUCCUUAUCCCCUUAAAAGAAAGAGACAUCACUUCCCACGUAAACAACACCCCCACACCUUUAGAGAUUCUGGACAUCUUCUUAAAUUUGCCAUUCACUGAUUAAUCACUCACCACAAGUUCACAAGCCUUGCAAUUAGUGAAUCAAUCUCAUCGAUCUUUCAUCAACACCAUGCCUAACCCCAAGAAAAAUGCUAGCAAGGAAGCUACCAAACUGAGCAAAUUAUGGAAGGCACCCAUUAGGAUUCUCAUCAAGGCCAGGGACUUCUACGUGCGGAGCCUGACCGAUUGCUCGGGCCACAUCGGGUAUGGCAGCGUCAUGGGCUGCCCGACUGGCCAGAUCAACACCCUGCCCCGGAGCUUCAGCGUCAGCUCGACCAAGUCGGGCAGCACCGCAGCGGACGAGGACUUCCGGGAGCUUGUGAGGCUCGCCUCCCUUAGGAGCCUGAGCAACAAAGUCGGGUUGGACCUCACGAGGACACAGCAUGUUGCCGGGCAGUCCCCAGCGGCCACAACAAAUAAAAAGAUGCCGAUGGUGAUGCCGAGGAGUUUUAGCACCGGAAUAGGGAGGAUCGACGAAGACAAGCCAUGUGAAUUCGGGGAGGAUGGGACGGUGAAGGCGGAUGUGUACACGAGAAGCCGAAGCUACGUGCCUUCGAGGAGAACUUCGGGGUUGGUCUGAGAACCGGAAACACUGAAGAAGGCGAAAAUGGGGCUGCUUCAUUUUCUCUAUUUUCCAUAUCAAAGUUUGGAGGAGGUUUUUCUACUUUUCUUUUGAUUUUCUUUCUUUUUCUUCUUGGGUUUUUUAUCCAAAGGCAGUCCUAUAUGCAGCUGAUAUCAUCACUAACUUGGUGCGUGGUGCAAGGCCAAUGUUCUGUUGAUCAUUUGAGGAAAGUCUUGAGUGGCAUGGUUAUAUUCCAGUUCAAAUACAUGGUGCUGGCGAGUUCUCUUUCUUC